AUGGAUGAAAUUAAUCUGAAGCCUGGUGAUAAAAGUUCUAUUGUAGAUGAUUUUAUGUAUGGAUCCAAUGUGGCUGGGGCACACAUUUACAUUCGUAUGGGAUUUUUGAGGAAGGUGUAUGGUAUUUUGUCAGCUCAACUGUUUUUAACUACUGUAGUUUGUGCCAUUUUCAUGGGUCAUGAAGGUUUGAGAGAUUUUAUACAUAAAAGCCCAUGGAUGAUGAUGGUUGCCUUAAUUUGUACUUUUGCUCUGUUAUUUGCUUUGAUGUGGAAACGAAAAGAAACACCUUGGAAUUAUAUUUUACUAGGAGCUUUUACAAUUGUUGAAUCAUAUUCCAUCGCAGUUGUUGUGACCAUGUAUACAGUGUCCUCAGUUAUUGAAGCAGCAAUGUUAACAUUUGGAGUAACAGCAGCAUUAACCAUGUAUACCUUCCAGAGUAAAAGAGAUUUUAGUUCAUGGGGAGCUGGAUUAUUUGCCUUUUUGUGGAUUUUGAUUUUGGCAGGAUUCUUACAGAUUUUCUUCCAUACAGAAUUUAUGGAUAAAAUGAUAGCUAUUGGUGGUGCUAUCUUAUUUUCAAUGUUUAUUAUUUUUGAUACUCAUCUUAUCAUGCAUAAAUUAUCACCAGAGGAGUACAUUAUGGCCUCUAUCAACCUAUAUCUAGAUAUCAUCAAUUUGUUUUUACACAUUCUACGCCUUGUUGGCCAGAGAAAUAACUAG